AUGCCUUCACCGACAGACCAGAAUCAUACAAAUCCUAAUUCCUUAAAUAAAGAUUCCUCUGAUGCACCUAAAGAAAACACCAUCGAUGAUACAACCAUUGUAGAUGAUACGUGUGAUGUCACUCGCAAUGAAUCCGAUGUGGGCGCGAGUACAAGUUCUUCCCCAUCACAAGUGACUACAUCAUUUUUCUCUGAUGGACGUGUUACUACCGCUUCUUCCAUACCUGCUGUAUCUUCAUCAAACGAUCCUCAAAAUUCUACUACUCCUGUUGCUCAAAAAUCUCAAAAAACUCCAAAACAAUCCUCUAAUAGACCUACUAGAAAAACAAGAGGUGCGCCUAAAACGUCCAAUGCUACUUCAAAUACCUCAACUUUACCCGAUUCGUCGCCUGACAAGAAAGAUUCUAUUCCCGUCUCAUCCCCAAACGCUUCGAAUCCUGCUUCAUCCGCUUCAUCGGCUACUUCUAAUCGUUCGUUACAACCCAUAAUACCGGCUUCCGGUUCUUCUUCCUUACCGAAUAAUUUUCCUCGUCGUGGUUUACCUCAAAAAGACGUAACUCGUGCAAAUAUUGCUGAUCGUUAUCUAGAAUUUAUUCUUUAUUGUAACCCUUCGGCUCCUUCCGAUUUGGAUGUAUCUUCUCUCAUCCGUUCUUUCAAUUCCGUUCCUAAAUCUGAUGGUAAAACUUUCGAAACUUGGGUUCUUUUUCAACUUGUCUCUAAACAUCAUUCGGGCGAAAUAAAAACUUGGACUAAAUUAGCCCAGCAAUUGGGUGUCGAACGUACUAACGAAUCAAGUCCUCAAAAAAUUCAACAAUAUGCUGUAAGACUAAAGGUAUUUAUAUUUUCAUCGGCUAGUAGUAAACGUCAAAAAAGAAAAUAUACUCGUCGUAAUACUGGUAGUAGUAUUGAUGCUGGUAAUAAUAAUCAAAAUGAUGAUAUGAUUGAUGAUGAUGAUGAUUUGGAUUUAUAUGAUGGUGAUGGUACUCAAGAUAAUCAUCGUGGUAAACGUGUUAAGGCUGUUGCUUAUUCUGAUGGUAGUGAAGAGGAAGAAGAUGAACUUGAAGAUGAUGAAAGAGAUGCUUGGGAAGAUGUUCCUGACUCUAUGCAAAUCGAUGAUUCGGGUAAGCGAAAAAAGAAUAAUGUUCAGAUCAUUUCUCAAGACAAAUUACCAAAACUUGAAAUGAAACUUCAUAAUUCUGGUGAUACAAGUCAUUUUCGUGUAGUAUCUUCUGGUGGUCCUGGCACUCAAAUACGAUGGCGAAGUAUUUCUGUUGGUGGUGGUCCUAUACCUACCCAAUCGGGCGAUAAUUCUGAUCCUUCUUCUUUAGGUUUCGAUAGUUUUCGUCUUUCAAACAAACGAAGUCAACAAAAACAAGAUAGAUCACAAUCUCCAAAUGCUAAUUGGUCUUGGUCUUCUCAAAAUAAUAAUUUAUCAAAUAACAAUCUUGGUGCUCAAGAUAAUAAUAAUCCUGGUUUUUCAUAUUCCGAACUUUUAUUGCCUCCUAAUACUGUAUCAAGUGAUCCUAAGGAAACUAUCAACUUAUAUCAAGAAAGAUUGGUUAAGGCUGUUGGAAUGUUAGAAGAUAGUCAACGUAAAAUUGAAAUGUUGGAAAAUGUUGUUCGUCAAAGAGAAGAUGAAGUUAGGAAAAGAGUUGUUAGGCGUCUUAAAGAUGAUGUUGCUUCUGUAUUUCAACGUUAUGAAUGA